AUGGGCACUACGGACGAUGGAACACGCUUCAAAAUUGAAGACUCUGGUGAUGAUAAUAACAAUGGCGCCAAAUCCACUGGCAUUGUUCGGGGGGAGCAAAAGGUCAUCAUGUGGACCAAGGCAUUCUUGUUAGGGGCAUUUGUGAUUGCCAUUGUGGUUUUAUCUGUGGCUACCUACAAGUAUGUGAAAGACCAGGAACAGAAGACAUUUGAGAACGAGUUCCGCAAUCUGGCUCGAAAGGCGAUUGCAGUUUCGGGAAGAAACGUCAAGAGCCAAUUUGCGGCGCUGGAGCUCUUUAGCAUCUCGAUCAGCUCUAUGGUGACAGCUUCCAACAUGUCCUGGCCAAAAGUGGUAGUUCCUGAUUUCUGUGCUCAGGCACAGAGACUGGUAGAGAUGACUGGGGCCAUGAGGAUAACCAUGGCUAACAUUGUGGAGGAAGAAGACCGCCCGUCCUUUGAGGAGUAC